UUUUGUACCACUGAUGGUUGGUUUGAGGUAAAACAUAGAAUAAAGAAUGCUUUUAGAUAGAUAUCUAUAUUGUGGUUUUCAAUUGCCUGUGUUUUUCUCAUCUACUGUUUUAACUUCAUAUUUAUGUUGUCAAUUUUCUAAUAUUGGCGUGAUGUUUUACAACUAAUUCAGCGAUCAAAAGAGCAAAAUUUACUCCGAUCUUUUCAGUUUUUGUUCAAUUUUAUGGUAUGACUCUAAGUCAAGUUUAAGCACGAAACCCGCCGUAAACUUGAAAGCCCUGAAACACCGCAAGAGCCAUUUGAAUCACUGAACACUCGUUGUCAUGUCAUUUCUGACAUAGAUAGUAUCAAAGAGCUACCUAACGAAUAUUUAGGACUGGAGCCAAUUUUGGAAUCCGGAUAUAAUUUGGAAUCAGCGCAGUUAUCUGGAGAGCUCCAACUAAUCGGUCACACCGAGGAAUUCAAGGAGUCCCGAACAGUCCAGGAGCUAGUGAGAUCCGAGGGUCUCCAAAGAACCCAAGAAUCCAACAUCAAAGCUCCAUAUUUGAACGGCAAUCAUUUGCCCAAUACCCAACCCGCCGAUAAUUCAAUCACGGACACCCCAAUAAGCAACGGGUAUCUAAAAGAAGAACUCAACACUUCAAACCCAAAACUGACGUCAAUAACUGAAAGCAAAACUAUGGAAAAUUCCAAGUCAGCAGUGAAAGCGCAACAUCCAUAUAUGAACGGGGGUGUGAACGGAUCAACCGGAUCAGACCCUGUCGAUUACCACAAUGCGUCAAAUGGCCGAAAGAUAGAUCUCAAUGGCAGCAGUAACGGGUAUAAGGUAGACCUAAACAUAGCUGACAGACCAAAAGGAAACACGGUAGAUGCGCAUCAGUGGGAUAUUGAUCAGAGGGAUGACAAGAUCAAGAGACUGGGGCGGAAAGUGGAGGAGGUGAGGGGGGAGAAUGUGCGACUGACCUUCGGGGAGGCCACUCGCAAGCCCAUCAGGACCAGUCAGGACAUGGAGCUGCAGAACAGGAACGAGCAUAUCAGCAAACUACAACAGGACCUCGCUUUCCAGAAACAAGACGAGACCAACAAGGUCAAAAAAGUGCAGGACAAAGCUGCCAUCAAACAGAGUGAGUUGCAGUCCCAACUGGAGAGAGUGCAGCGGGAGAGACAGGAGAGUGAAGGGAGGUGGAAGCAGAAGCUGGACAUCACCUCCAAGAACCUCACUGCCAAACAGCACCAGCUGGAUCUGGACAACAAACGGUUGAAAGAAGAAAUCCAACUGGCUAAAAAAGAGACCCUCGAAGCCGUUCAGUUGAAGGAACUUGAGCUGAAAGAACUAAAACAACUCCAGCAGGAGCAACUCGAAAGUCUAAGCACCGAAUUCGAAGUAGCCAAAAGCAACUUCGCUUCAAAUACCGAGCAUGAAGCAGGUCAGAGGAUCGAAAACUUGAAAGCCGAAAGCAAAACGUUACUAGCGGAAGCCAGAAAAAGACAAGCAACAAUCGAGACUGAAAAAACUGCAAUCGAGAAAAAUCUGAACUCCCGCGUGAUUAAACUAGACGAAAUGCUGAUGAAGAAAAACAGAGAAACUGAACAACUUUUGAGAGAUUUGGACCAAAAGCGAGAAAUUUUAGAAGAACAGCAUCGAUUGCUGAACAAAACCCAGACUGAUUUCUACAACGCAAAUCAAAGUCGCGCGGAAGAAUUCGAGGCAAAAUUAAGUUUUGAAAGGCAGAAGAAAGCUGAAGAUUUGGAGGCGGCCAGGGAAAACUUCGUGAACAUAAUUGUCAGCAAAGAUGAACUUAUUUCAAAAUUUGAGGCCGAAAUUUUGAGUGUAAGGGUGGAAAAGGAGAACAAUGAGAAAAAACUAACAGACGAAGUCGAACAGUUGUCCUCAAAACUAGACCAAGUUCGAGAAGAACGAAAAACGGAAGUUGAAUUGAUCAAAAAACAAAACUCAGAGCAGUAUGAAAACAUGAGAAUCGAUCUGAUCAAACAAAUUGAUAGCUUUAAACACGAACUAGAACAGACAAAACAGUAUGCCGAAAAGGAAGAAAAAUCCCACUCGGCCGAAAUACAGUUAAUGACCGAUACUCACAAAUCGCAAUUGGAUAUUCUGAAACAAAGCAUGUCAAAGGAAAUAGACAUUUUGAAACAACAGAAUGUUAGAGAACGAACAGAAUUAGAACAGCAUUAUCAACAAAAAGUAGAUCAAAUUUACAAGGAAAAAAUGGAGUCUGAAAAAGUCAAAGAAGCUAGCCAGGCCGAAUUAGAAAAACUUACAGUUUCGAAGAAUAUGUUUGAAAAUAUGAAAAAUAUCGAAAUAAAGGGGCUAAAAGACCAACUUGAAACUAUAAAACGUGAAAGAACGGAAUCUGAAGCAGAAUUUACUCGAAACCUGAAUGAAAGAAUCCAACAGAAGGACAAAAUCUUGGCCGAAUUGAAAUCCGAAAACGAGAAAAGUGUAGCGCUGCUCCAAAAAAGUUUGGAAGAACAAAAAUCAGAGUUCGAAAAAAAGCAGUUUGAAAUGGAGCAGGUUGUAAAACAGGUGAAAUUGGAGUUAGAAUCUGUAAAAGCCGAAAGCGACACUAUUUGUAAGCAAAAAGAGCGACAAAUCGAAAAAAUGGAUAUCGACUCGAAAUUAAAACUGGAAACGGUCGAAAAUGCUCACAAAACUGAAGUCGAAGAUUUUAAAGUUAAAUUAGCCCAGCUUGAAGAAAUGUUGAAUCAUGCUCAAAAAAUGUCCGACGCUGAAAUUUUGAAGUUGAAGACUGAGUAUGAAGCUACAAAGCAAAAAUUGACCGAAGAAAAGAACUUCCUGAUCGAAAAAUACAGCCAAGAAGUUGACGAACUCAACCGAAAUCAUUUCGAUAUUGUUAGAGAUUUACACCAAAAAUACGACGAAGAUUUAACUAAGCAAAGAAAUGAAAUUCACGACCGAGAUUUGAAAAUUAAAGAUCUUGAAGAGCAUGUUCGCAUUCAAGACGAAAACCUAGCCGUACACGAGCGAAAUUCAAAGUGCGAAGUAGAAAUUUUGGAAUCGAGGAAAAAAAGAGAAGUUAACAGUCUGCUGGAGGAAAUUGCGACUAAAAACAAACAUAUAGACCUAAUCACAACACUACACCAAUCUGAGUUGAAGCAAAAAAGUGAAAAAUUCAAACUUGAAACUGAAAGCUUAAAAGAGGAAAUCGCUAAUCUGGAGCUGGAAAGUCUGAAUAAACUGGGCGAAAUAACCCAAAAACACAUUGCAGAACUGAAUUCGAAAGAUGAAAGUAUAGCUCAGCUGAAGUUGAUGAUGAAAGAAGUGAACAGCGAAAAGGAGCGUGAAAUAUCUGCAUGGAGUGUGAAAUUUAUGAUGCAGCGUGAAGAAUGGUGUGCGAACGUGAAUGAACUGAAUCAUCAGCACUUAAUCGAUCUCAAGGUGAAACAGGAGGAGAUUGAGGGUCUGAACGAGAGAGUGAAGGAGAUGAUGACGUCACACGAUGAGGAGGUGGAGAGACUGAACAAAGUGGUGGAACACUACAGGGAGGACUUCGAACAGGAGAAACAAGACAUGGACAGAUUCCGAGAAGACCUGCGAGAAGAAAAAGCGACCGAAAUGAGACGUCUCACUGACCACAUUGCAGAUCUAAACGACCAGAAAACUUCUCUGCGUGAAGAGAUGCUCAACUUGGAAAACCAGCUGGAGGAGAAGUUCUUCCAGGAGAUGACAGUGCUGAAGAGUAACUUCAACGGUGCCAGGGUGGAGUUGGAGCAGAGGAUAGAUGAGGGACAGGUGGCACUCCAGAACAUGACUCACGAGAGGGACAUGCACAUUCAGGAGGGUGUGAACAAAGACAAACGCAUAAGCGUCCUGGAAGGCGACUUAGCUCGACUGAAACAAGACCUCGAAAACAAGAUCAACGAGAUGAGCAGAGAAGUUGCGAGACUGAACGAGGAAAAACGGGUCUUGUUCGAACAACACCAAAAAGCGAUGGAUGAUUUGUUGGAAGAAAAGCGUCAGAUGGAAAUUGCAAAAGACAAAGAACUUCAGGAAACAAAAAUAAAAAUGACCGAGGAGAUGAAAAAAAUGAAAGCGGAACUGACUGCAAAAAUAAACCAACUUGAAGAAACAAGAGCAAGUUUGGACCUCGAAAUCAAAGAUUUGAAGCAGAAAUUCACUGCGAUGGUUGAAGAAAAAGAUAACGAGUUGGCUAAGUUUACAAAACAAAUUAACGAAAAACAUCAAAAUGAAAUGAACAAUUUGAACAAACAGCACUCCGAAAUUUUGAACAAAAAAGAUGCGGCAAUUGAAUUGUUGAACGAAGAUAUGAAAGGGCAAAAAACUGAAUUCGAAGAGCAUUUGUCGAUACAGAAAUUGAAUUUUGAAAAAGUUAUGAAGGAAAAUCAAGAUUUCAUUGAAACUCUACAAGAGAAACAUAGCCUUGUGUGCAAAGACAACGAAGAACAUAUUGAAAGUCUCAAAGUAAACCUUCAAGAAAAAGAGGAAAACUAUGGAAAACUGUUAAAUGAACACGAAGCAGAGCUAAAAACUAAGGUUGAUCAAAUUAAGACCUUGGAAAUAAAUUUGAACCAAACAGUUGAAAAGUUGACGGCUGCUGAGACAAAAGCGAAAAUGGCGGAAUCGAAGCAAGAAGAAUUGAGAAAUAUCGAAGAGCAGUUGAAAGCUAAACAUGUGGAGAUUGGAAAAUUGUCGGCGUCUAUUAAGAGCAUGCAACUUUCUGAGAAAGACCAUUUGAGCAGAUUGGACGAACAGGAGAAGCAACUUGUGAGUGUGAACUCAAAAGCGAGUGGAUUAGAGAGCCAGCUGAGAGAAGCUGAAGGUCAACUGAAGUCGAUGAAGAAGACUGUCGAGGCACUCCAGACUGACAUUGGGGUCAAGGACGCCAAAAUAGGGGAGAGCCACCAACUAGCCCAACAGGAGAGAUACACGCGAGAGGCGAAGGAGAAGAAGGUGGAGGAGCUGAGCACUAAGGUGACCUUGUUGACCUCUGACCUGAAGAAGAAGGAGGACUACGCGUCCGUGCUGCAGAAAAAAGUGGACGACUUGUCCCACGCUGGUGCCAGCCUUCCUCCCACCGGCUCCAGAAGAUCUUCAGCAGUGGGCGCUUCCCCAAGUUCGACCUACUCUUCGGCAUCUUCAUCCUUAACCCCCAUUGGUCAGUCUCCUUCCGCUACCAAAUGGGCCAACCUGAAAAGUGAGGUGAAAACGAAGUCAGCGGUACUAAACAAAUCAACAACUGGGGGAAUAUGAUCAGCUCAAAGCCAAAAUCAGCGUCACUUGGACUGAUUUUAAGAAUGAAUUUUUUGCUCAUCAAUCUUCAAGCAAUUACUACUAAUUUCUUUUUUUGUACCCUCUUUCGUGUGAAUUCAAAUUAAAUCUUAAUCAGCG